AUGUCUUAUGUUGUUAGGGAAGGGGGCAAGAAGAUGGUGCUGUCGUCUGCCGCCAAAAAAUGGAAGGAUUUGAAGUCUACCUUAACUAGGCAAUUUAUCCUUCCAUUCGCAAAUGAGAAGGAGAAGUUAUCCCCAGAUUUUGAGGCUGUGCAUUCUGAGCAGUCACAGAGAAGGGAGAAAUGCGAGUACAACCAUAGGUUGUCUCGAAAACGGUACGUUGGUUUGGAGGAUCAAUUGGAAGAAACCAUGUCCGGUGAAGAAAUUGAUCGAUCUCUGCUAUGGAAGAAGGCAAAAGAAGAUAAACAGGAAAACAUCCCUGAUCCAAAGGUUGUAGAGAAGGCAAAAUUAAUCGAUGAUUUGAAAAAACAAGUCUUCGAGGGCACUCUGACUGACUCUGGGAGCAACAAUGUUUUGACCUUGGCUUUGGGAACCCCUAAGCAUGGUGGGAGAGUCAGAGGUGUUGGAGCUAGGGUUUCCCCAACUCAAUUCUUCAAUUUGCUGAGACAGUAG